CAGAUCAGGGAAUCAUCAGAGCUGAAUCUGGAGAAACUGUCAUUCUGCCAUGUAGAGCUCCUGAGAACCAAACUGUUACAGCUGCAGAGUGGAGGAGGACUGAUAUGGAGUUUAGUGAAUAUGUUAUUCUGUACCAGAACAAGAAGGUUGAUAAAGAGGCUUCGUGUCCAUCCUUUAAGAACCGGGUGGAUCUGCAGGACGUGGAGAAUGGAGACGCGUCAUUGGUUCUGCAGAAGGUGACGACUGCUGAUAGAGGAACAUAUCAGUGUUGGGUCGUUCAGGGAGGAAAAAGUCGCAGAAAGAGAGCCGAUCCGGAAGAUGACCCCAUCAGCAUCAUUAACCUGAGAGUCCAACCAGUUCGAAGAACCAUCCCAGCUGAACAUGGAAAGGACAUCAUUCUGCCAUGUAGAGCUCCUGAGAACGAUCCUGAUAGAGAUGUAGACUGGAGCAGAACUGAUCUGGAGUCAGGUCAAUAUGUUCUUAUGUACAGAAACAGGAAGUUGGAUCAAGAGGUCCAGUUUUCAUCCUUUAGGAACCGGGUGGAUCUGCAGGACAUGAAGAAUGGAGACGUGUCUUUGGUUCUGAAGAAAGUGACGACUGAUGAUACAGGAACAUAUGAGUGUCGAGUCAUUCAGAGAGGAAAUAGCUGCAGGAGGAGAUUCAUUCUGAACACUGACCCUCUCAGUGUCAUUAACCUGAGAGUUGAACCAGCACCGUCAUGGCCCACAGUUCUCCUGGUUCUCCUGGUUCUCCUGGUUCUGGUUCUGAUUGUUGCAGGUCUUUUGUAUCAUUUUCGGCUCUGUUUCAUGUCAGGAUACUACGUGGUGGUGGAUUCAGGGGAGGAGUCUGCCCUGAUACCCUGCAGAACCAGACCAUUCCUGCCUGGAGAUGCUAGAGUGGAGUGGAAGGACAGCAGAGACAGGAAGGUCCAUGUGUAUGAGAGCGGUUCUGAUCAGCCUGAAGAACUGGACAAGAGAUACAGAAACAGAACCAAGAUGAACAAAGACCUGCUGAGAACUGGAGACCUCAGUCUGACUCUGGAACACCCCACAGAUGGAGACACUGACAUCUACACCUGCAUCGUCUCCAGAGGGAAGAGAAACAUCCUGAUGAAGAAACUAGUUGAUCUCAGAAUAAAAGAAUCCUGAAUCCUUCCCAAAUCCAGCAGAACCACGCCUCGGAGGUCCAGAAGGUCCA